UGGAUGAAGUUUCAUCAAACGAUAAUAUUUUAUGAAUUCGGUGUUACAUCACUUUCAUUGACAAACUUCGAUCACCUCGGAACAAUUCAGUUUAUUGUCAGCUGGUUGAUAACUACUUUUCCAACGCUUACCUAAUGUCAACCGUGAAUCACGUUUCCUUCGUACUAUACGUCCCUGACGCACUCUGUUUUUCGCGUAGUUGCGCUGUAUUUGUUUCUGUAACUUCGACAAGUUAAAAUAUUCGAAAUUUAAUACUUCAUAAAGAUAACCAUACUAUAGCCAACGUUCUACGAAAGUCACGUAAAAAAAGCAUGUACCCAUAUGUAUGUAAAUACAUGGCAUCAAGCGAGCGCAACAUGUAAAAAAUAUCAAAGUGAACAAAUUAAACACUUGAGAAGUGGGGACAGUGGAGGGACACUAACUUGUGCUGGGUGUCUCAAUGCAAUUGAUGAAGAUGAAUUUAUACAGGCACUAAAUCAAGAGUGGCACAUUGAUUGUUUUCGGUGUUCAGCAUGCGAUAUCGGUUUGUCUUCAUGGUAUUUUGAGAAAGAUGGGUUACUGUUUUGCAAGGAUGAUUAUUGGGCUGCUUAUGGAGAAGCUUGUCAAGGAUGUGGUCAAAUCAUCACGGGUCCUGUCAUGUUGGCAGGAGAUCACAAAUUUCACCCAGAAUGUUUUGCCUGCAACUCUUGUGGAGCUUUCAUCGGAGAUGGAGAAAGUUAUGCACUUGUUGAAAGAUCCAAGCUUUAUUGUGGAAGUUGUUAUAAAAGACAAAUGCAACCAAUUAAUAGGAUAGCUAAUUAUCCAUUUACCAGAAAGCCCCAUAGUAUUAGAUUGGUAGAAAUACCUCCAAACAGUUCUGACCCUGCAAAACAGAGGGGAAUCAAACUGACAGUAGACACAACACCUAAUCCUAGAAAUUGUGGUGCUUUGCUUCGUAUAUCCGAGUUAAUGAGAAAUGUUCGUGGAAAGAUCAGUAAGCUGCUGGCCUCUGUGAUGGAGGUUCUGUUUAGGCUAUGCUGCCACUUCUCUAAUCAUAGACUGAAUAUGUCCAGUGAUCUCAUAUCUCUACACAUUGGUGACCGAAUACUGGAAGUGAAUGGUACUCCGGUUAAAGAUCAACCAAUAGAAAACAUCGAAAAUCUCAUACAAUAUUCGGAUACGGUUUUACAGUUGACCAUCGAGCACGAUCCAGAUGCGGUAUCACGACAACCAACAUUUUCCUCGCCAUCUGCGGCGAUGUUGACGUCAAUUGUAAAUCCGCGAACGAGUCCCGAAAAUAAAGAACGUUUAUUUAAACGUCGCGAUGAGGGUUACAUCAGUGGAACGCGAAGCAGACAAUUGCGAAGAACAAAAGAUCCUAUGCACAAAGAACGUAGUAGUUCUAUGUCAAGAUUACUUGAUGGAUCUUCACCAACAAAUGCUACAUGCGACUUAAGCAGAACUAGAUCAUUUCGUGUAGAACCAAAGAAUCAAAGAAUAUUCCGUGCCAGUGAUCUAGUGAAGGGUGAGCUAUUAGGUACAGGAUUUUUCGGGCAGGUAUUUAAAGUCACUCAUAGGGAUACAAACGAAAUCAUGGUGCUAAAAGAAUUAUACAGAGUAGAUGAAGAAGCCCAAAAAAAUUUUUUAAAAGAGGUUGCCGUAUUACGUUCGUUACAUCACAACAAUGUUCUCCGAUUUAUCGGUGUCCUUUACAAAGACAAAAAGCUUCAUUUGGUUACCGAAUACAUAGCAGGGGGGACUCUAAGGGCUCUGCUACACGACACCAGCGAAACCUUGCCAUGGGAACAGCGAAUGUCGUUCGCCAAAGAUAUUGCCGCCGGUAUGGCUUAUUUACAUUCCAUGAAUAUCAUUCACCGAGACUUAAAUUCGCAUAAUUGUCUCGUUCGGGAGGAUAAGACUGUGGUCGUGGCCGAUUUUGGCUUGGCCCGAAUAAUACAAAAUGGCAAUUCCCCGGACAAUCGUAAAUACAGCAGACAUUCCGACGGAGAGGUGAAAACUUCGAAGAAAGAACGAAAAAAAAGGUACACGGUGGUAGGGAAUCCAUAUUGGAUGGCUCCUGAGAUGAUGAAAGGUAACAAGUAUGAUGAAAAAGUUGAUAUAUUUAGCUUUGGCAUCGUCGUUUGUGAAAUUAUUGGCCGUGUUCAGGCAGAUCCCGAUUAUUUGCCACGGUCUUCGGAUUUUGGUCUCAAUCAGAACGUGUUCAAAGAGAAAUUCUGUGCCAAUUGUCCAGAAAUGUUCUAUAGGAUCGCUUUUCUUUGCUGUGAUUUGAAUCCCGAUAAGAGGCCACCUUUUGAGGUAAUGCAAGUUUGGUUGGAUGGUCUGGUAAUGCAUUUAUCGAUGGGUAUAGAAUUGCCAUCAGACUUGGAGAUUGAUAUUAAAAAUUACACGGGACCGAGUACAAGUACAAGCGAGUCGACGACUCCAGAGACACUUGCACCGCAACUGAAACCUAUCAAGGAAGGUCAGGUGCAUCAGGAAAAGAAACGGUGUAGUGGUUGCGACGAUAGUACAUUAGAACGCGAAGAUAUUGUGCAGAGUAACAUUAAACUUCAGGUACCUGACGUAAUCAGUACUCGAGGAAGGUAUACAAGACAGAACAGCAAGACAAGUGAAUCGUCUGGAAGUACGGGUCGUUAUUCCAGACAAAACUCGAGGUCUAAGGAAACACCGAUUGAGAAGCCAGAUAUAGUUAUAUCUCCGGAAUCUAGUGCGUUCACAGGUUGCUUCACGAGGCAUAAUACCAAAUCGAAUGAACCAUCCCCGCACUUUUCCAGAAACAAACAAGACUCGUACGUAAAACGAAACGAUCAAACGGAAUGCAAUUUGAAACGAAUACCAACUAUCGAGAAAAUAAGGUAUGUGGGUAAAGCCAGUCCGUGUUGUCCUUUAUCGAACGCACCCGAAUAUAUUAUCGAUAACAAGUGUUCAUACAAAGUGAAUAAUAGUUCGAGUUCUAUAUCGUCGGAAAAAUCUAAUGAUAAUCAUUCGACUGGCAGUGGCCAUUCAAAGACAAAGCUGGAAAACAAGUUUAAAAUGUUGGACGCUAACUCGGUCAGCUCCUACUUGAGACAAAUUGGGAAAUCUAUGAACGUGAUAGAGAAAGAGAGCAAGAUCGACGGUCAAAACGAUAGUAACUCGAGGAAGACAAGCACUGAAAACUCGAAACCAUCAUCAGGUUCUUACUUGAGAAGAACAAAGAUUUCUCCCACAAAAGAAUCGCCAAAGAAUGCAUUCUCGCCACAAAAAAGUAUUCAAUCGUCCGAAGCUAGUACUUCGUUGCAAUCAAAAGGAGCUACUAAGACGGAAGAAAUCACUGAAAGUAAUGCCACAAACGACAGGAUAACGAGGCAGGAAAGCAACGUCUCGGAUAUUGGUAGUAUUUUGUCCAGGGAAGGAAGUCUCACGAUAUUGGAUUGUACAACGAAACAUAAAGAUGCAACGUACAAAGAUUAUUCGGCUUUUAAUACCUCGCAAAACAACAAUUUUCACGAAGAGGAUAAUUCUCGAAAAAAUACUGUUCUCCACUAUACGGAUAGCCUUCGUUCAAAUUCGAGUCUUUCUAAAAACGAUGAUCUACUCAAGUGCAAUAUACUGAACGAAACUAAAAUAGAUGACACAAAAGACUGCACCACUUCCAUCCAAGAUUGUACAGAGUCCAAUGAUUCUAAGGAACCAGUAAUCGAUAUGAAGACCAUGUACGACAAUAGAUUGCCUAAUCCUUUAACGGAGUAUAGCGGAUGUUACAAGAAUCUGGACCUAUGUAGACAAGACAGUUUUGGGUCGGAUAGCGCAGUAGGUACCAUGAAGAGCGAUUUUUUCGCGGACCUAGAUUUUGUUCAGUUAAAAGACGGCAGGCAUACACCGGAUUUGUGCCAUACUCCCGAACGGUGUUGCACGCCUAAUCGAGCAGCAUCACCGAUAGAGAGCACAGCUUUGUAAAGUUGUGGCAUCGAAAUAUCCUCUCUUCAACGAAAUGCAUUUCCCUUUGCUAAUUCGUCCUCUAUACAUUUAACUGAAGAUCCGAUAACUUAACGACUUAACUCAUUAAUGCAAAAGUCUGUUUCUACUGGAAUCUGUUAUGACGUUGCACAACUGCGCGUACAAGUAUUAUUAACGAUUUGAUGUCCAGUAUUAAUGAAUCUUACUGCUUUUACUUUCUAUGUGUUUUAAAUUGGAAUGUGCGGGUAGACGAGUGCGUUGGGUACUUGAGUUGUUGAGAUGAGUUGGAAAAGCCGAACGGGGGGAUUCUGGAGUUGAAUCGAAUCUUGGUAUUGGGAGAAUUCGUCCGUAUCGGAAAUAAUGGAACUAUUGCAAAGCAAUCGAAUUACCCAGUCGAAGGUUCGUGUAUCUUCGAACCUGUUCAACUUUACCUGACUUAAGGCUGAAGUGCUUGGUACCCAUACAUGCUUUAUUUCGAAGCAUUUGAACGGCACAAUCAAUGACAUGUUCAAAUGACUUUUUCACAAAAAAAUUUGCAUUCCUGCAAUAUCUUGCCUAGUGCGGUUAUCAUAAGAGGGAAAUUAAGUAAUUAAAAGACUAACAAAAGCAUUCCAUCCAAAAUCGGUAGAGCUAAACGUGUGCUUUGGAAGUUCGAAAAUAUUAGUAUUAUACAUAUACACGAAUGAGUAAUGUAUUCUUGGUAACACUGAAUAUCAGACUACAUCGGUGAAUCUCCGUUUUGUUUUACUUAUUUUCUUUGAUCUACAGGAUUAUAUUUUAAAGUUGUAAACAUAAUGUAGAGUCAGUUUGUAGAAUAGAUUGUAAAAAAAGAUGAUAUUCUUUAAUAGAUAUAUAUGUACAUCAUACUGUAAAAUAUUAUCCACAUAUAACAUGGUGGUGUGCAUGUACAGGUUAUUGACAUGUAUAAAUUUAAACUCAUCAAUUAUAUCUUUGUUAUUUGUUAGAAGACAGAAUUUUACUUGUUCGAUAUUAAGUUUUAUCUUAUAUCUAAUUCUGUCUGAUAUUGUACAUUGCAAACUAAGGACGACUUUGUGUUUAUUUAUUAUAUCAAUUUGAUAAAUUGAUGCUUGCAUAUACUGUAUCAAAGAUAUAAAUGAUGAUAAAAUAGUAUGAUGUGUAUAAUAUAAAGAAUGUACAUAUAGUUUUGUAUAUAUAUAUUUCAACAUUCGUCAUGUUCAAAACACUGUUUAUAGAACAUAUACAUAUAUUUAACAGUAAAAAGCUUUAUAUUGAUAAUGUAGAGAUGAAAGUUCUUUUGAUACUAUUAAAAAUUGUAUUUUUAUUCUGUUACAUUUUAAUCGUAAGCCAAACGUUCCCUAAUUUUAUUAAGAUAAAAUGCAAAACAGAAUACAGUAUUCAGUAUUGCAAUUAUAAAUGAAUUUUGAUUCUGAUUAAAUAAUAUUAGAAGUUUGUUUUAUAAAAAAAAUAGUUCAUUAGCAUUUCCAUUACUCAUGCGUUUUGUAUUCAGCAAAAGAAAUUAUUCAGUGUUUUUUUCAACUUUUAUUUUGUAUGAUUGCAACCCUAUUAAAAUCUGUUUCUUCCUAUUAUCCGAAUGAUAUUUAUUAUUUAAAAAAACAUUUAAAUUCAUUGCACCAAAUAAAAGUUUAUUAUCUGUGAUAAGAAAAAAAGUAUUUUGAAGCUGUCUAUAAUUGAAACAUUACAUGGAACUAAAGUUAAAGAAGUGUUAUUAAGGAAAGAAAACCCCAAUUGUUAUUUUUCUGUGUAAAGUUGAAACAAAUUACUCGUUCUACGACGUGUUAAGAAAAAUAAACAGUCUCUUUUAACAAUUAAUUUCAGCGGACAAAAUGCACAAUAAAUAAUGUUACAUGUAACUAUUGUAUUCUAAAUGCAAAUAAUCAUGGCUUAAAAUUAGAGAUACGCGGAAUAACUUCUAACGAUUUGAAAUAAUCCAAGCAAAAUAAAAACUUUCAAUUCUGCUAUUCAAGCAACAAAUGUAAUACGUGUAAACCUGUGAAACAAUUGUUACAAUUUCACCUAGUAUUUUCGAUUACAAUUUUUCGAUGAAAUUUUUUAAUAAAAACGUGAAGUGUUUUUAAUUAUUAAAAGCACUAUAAAUUGUUUAUUCACAAACUCGAACGUAAGUUUCUCAAAUUUUGGGGCUACUUCAGUCAGAUUUUUAUCGAAGUCCGGGGUGGAUCCAGAAGGCUUUGGAUAUACGAAACAUGGCAUAUUAUAUUUCCAAUGUUUCUGCACUGUUUGAAAUUCCUUUAAUAUUUUGAUUUGAUAGUAAACUGAAUAGUCGAGACCAUAAAUAAUUCUGGUAACAUUUCAUUCCUUCUUAAAGAAGUAAGGAGAGAAGUUGAUCAUCCUUCUCUGGAUCUGCCACUACUUUGAACAAGUCAAAUGUAUGUACACGUAUUUAAGAAAAUAUUUGCGUAGCGAAUAACUGUCAACCGAUGUAUGAAUAAUUGUUUGCAUAUGUAAAACAUCAAGAAAUAGUGGUUACAAAAGGAUUUUUCAGUGAACAGUAUUAGCCUCGUUAUCGUUGCUUACAAAUACCGUAGUGCAAGAAUAGAAAACUUUAUAGAUAAGCAGCGGGCAGAAAGAAGAGAACCUCUGAAAUUGUAGGUAGACAUUAUUUUUAUAGUCUAUAAAUUAUCACGCUCUCUCUAUGUUCGACAUUUUUGAUGAACAAUGCGGGAGCGUUUCUUGACCCCUUUGUAAAUUAUUUUUCUUCGAUGCAGUAGCGAGUAUGAUAAGAUCAAAACAUUAUUUAGUAUAACACUUGGAUUAAUUUUUGAGACACGGUGCGAAAAAUAAAUAGAUUUUUGUAAGGGAAAAUUCUGGAGAAGAAAAUUUACGUCUUUAAUGCCUAAAACUUAAUUAAUCGAAUAAUUGGUGAAUUAUAUGUAAUUGUAUAGAAUAUCGAAAAGUCUUUAUAACUUUACAAAGUAGUGGUUUUCUUCAGAAUUUCUUUCCAAAAUUACGAGAAAAGAUGGAACAUAUAUUCUUAACAAGCAGCAAUAAAUACCCAAAAAAAAAAAAUAUUGGGUAAAUAUUUGUUGAGAAACGAACAAUAAUUUUUUACGAUUUAAAACGCAUUUCAAAAAUGGGUUUGUCAUUUUACCUAUACGAUUGAAAAUCGUUCCGAUUACAUAUUGCUCAAAAUCUUAAAUGAAAAAUCAUUUUUUAUAAAUCAGCGGUACAUAUGUAUCUAUCAGUUCAUUGUGAAAUUUCAGAAUCACUUUUCGUAUUCUUAUGCGAAAAACAAGCGGUUUUGUUUAACAUUAUAGUAAUACAAAGUGAAAAUGGAAAAAAUAAAUGGUUGAAAAAAUAA